AUGGGUCCCUGUACGGCCUCCCAUUGCUGCUGUCUCCAUCGCCACACUCUGCCAUGUGCCACUUUCAGGUCUCCUCACACUGCUGCUGGGUUCCAUUUUGUCAUAGGGUGCUGUAUGGCCUCCCAUUGCUGCUGCCUCCACCGCCACACUGUGGCUCCACACUCUGGUUUUGGCCCCGUGACUGCCCAAAUGAGUGAAGUGUGCGGUGAUUCUAAGAUCGACGGCACUCAUCUGCAUGUCAUACUGACUGACAGUAUUAUUUCUCUUCCCCAGCAGACUCCAAGGGCAUUUAAAUUAAAGGUACAGUGUUCUGCACUAAUAUAA